CCCCGCCCGGGCCUCCCUCUCCGGGGUCGUGGCGGCGGGAGGAGGGGCCGCCGGGCCGGCGUGCGUGGCAGACUUUCCCGGCGCGGCUCGCUCGGCCUCCCUUCCCGGGAGGCGGGGUCGGCGCCGCGGCGGAGGCAGGCCCCCUCCUCCCUCCUCGUCGGCCCGGCCUCCUUCCCGGCCGCGCGUCCUCUCGGCCGCUCCGACGCCAGCAGCGCCCGCGUGCCGCUCGCCCAGUCCCGGGGGAGCUCCAGCAAGUUUCCCGGGCCGCGCGCUGCGCUCGCUAGCUUCCCAGCCCGCGGCCCGAGCCGCCGCCGCGCCCGCCAUGCCCUCGGCCAAACAAAGGGGCUCCAAGGGCGGCCACGGCGCCGCGAGCCCCUCGGAGAAGGGCGCCCACCCGUCGGGCGGCGCGGAUGACGUGGCGAAGAAGCCGCCGCCGGCGCCGCAGCAGCAGCAGCCGCCGCCUCCCGCGCCGCAUCCGCAGCAGCACCCGCAGAACCAGGCGCACGGCAAGGGCAGCCACCGCGGCGGCGGCGGCGGCGGAAAGUCCUCCGCCGCCGCUGCCGCCGCCUCGUCCUCGGCGUCCUGUUCGCGCAGGCUCGGCAGGGCGCUCAACUUUCUCUUCUACCUCGCCCUGGUGGCGGCGGCCACCUUCUCGGGCUGGUGCGUCCACCACGUCCUGGAGGAGGUCCAGCAGGUCCGGCGCAGCCACCAGGACUUCUCCCGGCAGAGGGAGGAGCUGGGCCAGGGCUUGCAGGGCGUCGAACAGAAGGUGCAGUCUUUGCAAGCCACAUUUGGAACUUUUGAGUCCAUCUUGAGAAGCUCCCAGCAUAAACAAGACCUCACAGAGAAAGCUGUAAAGCAAGGAGAGAGUGAGGUCAGCCGGAUCAGUGAGGUGCUACAGAAACUCCAGAAUGAGAUACUCAAAGACCUCUCGGAUGGGAUCCACGUGGUGAAGGACGCCCGGGAGCGGGACUUCACGUCCCUGGAGAACACAGUGGAAGAGCGGCUGACGGAGCUCACCAAAUCCAUCAAUGACAAUAUCGCCAUCUUCACGGAAGUCCAGAAGAGAAGCCAGAAGGAGAUCAACGAUGUGAAGGCAAAGGUCGCCUCCCUGGAAGAAUCUGAGGGGCACAAGCAGGAUUUGAAAGCCUUGAAGGAAGCUGUGAAGGAGAUACAGACCUCAGCCAAGUCCAGAGAGUGGGAAAUGCAGGCCCUGAGAAACUCCCUGCAGACUAUGGAGUCUGACGUCUACACGGAGGUCCGCGAGCUGGUGAGCCUCAAGCAGGAGCAGCAGGCUUUCAAGGAGGCAGCCGACACGGAGCGGCUUGCCCUGCAGGCCCUCACGGAGAAGCUUCUCAGGUCCGAAGAGUCCGUCUCCCGCCUCCCGGAGGAGAUCCGCAGACUGGAGGAAGAGCUCCACCAGCUGAAGGCCGACUCCUAUAGACCGAAGGAGGAUGGAGGCUUCAGACACUCUGAAGCAUUUGAGGCACUCCAGCAAAAGAGUCAGGGACUGGACUCCAGGCUCCAGCACGUGGAGGAUGGGGUGCUCUCCGUGCAGGCAGCUUCUGCGCGCCAGACUGAGAGCCUGGAGUCCCUCCUGUCUAAGAGCCAGGAGCAUGAGCAGCGCCUGGCCGCCCUGCAGGGGCACCUGGAAGGCCUGGGGUCCUCGGAGGCAGACCAGGAUGGCCUGGCCAGCACAGUGAGGAGCCUGGGCGAGGCGCAGCUGGUGCUCUACAGUGACGUGGAGGAGCUGAAGAGGAGUGUGGGCGAGCUCCCCAGCACCGUGGAAUCGCUCCAGAAGGUGCGGGAGCAGGUGCACACGCUGCUCAGUCAGGACCAAGCCCAGGCUGCCCGUCAGCCUCCUCAGGACUUCCUGGACAGACUUUCUUCUCUAGACAACCUGAAAGCCUCAGUCAGCCAAGUGGAGGCAGACUUGAAAAUGCUCAGGACUGCCGUGGACAGUUUGGUUGCAUACUCGGUCAAAAUAGAAACCAACGAGAACAACCUGGAAUCAGCCAAGGGUUUGCUAGAUGACCUGAGGAAUGAUCUGGAUAGGUUGUUUGUGAAAGUGGAGAAGAUUCACGAAAAGGUCUAAAUGAGUUGCGUGUGCAGGGUGUGGAUUUAAAGUCCGACUUCUCAUGACCAAAAAAAUGUGUGGUUUUCUCCCAUGUGUCCCCCACCUCCCAAUUUUUUGUGCCCUCUUAAAGAGCAGUUGUCACUACCUGAACACCGAGGCAUGGUAUUUUCCUGCCCAGAUAAUUUAUUUACAAUGUUUACCAAAUUGUUGGUUUCUUAAGUUCUUUGCUUCUGUGUUUGGUUGGUUUCCUGAAGCGCAGCCCCUGUGAAUAACAGGUGGCUUUUCAGGGAUGUCUCUAGUCAGAGAAAAAUGAUAACGGCUUCAAUUGAGGAUUAACAGAAGCAGAUUAACCUCAAAAAUCUUGUCUGGCUGGCAGAUUUCAAGUUAGAAAAAAAAUGGGUUGGGGGACACUUUACUUUCUAGUUGUCUCUAAGAAAAAUUAAUUUUACUUUUUAUUUUUUGUACUUCUGGCCGAGAUUUUUAUGAGAUAUCUCUCACAUGUCUUCCACUUUGAACCAGUUAAAGCUCAUAGCUGUCAGCUUGGAAUGAGGAAGGGAGAAUCCCCUGGGUCUUUCUUUGAAAGGAAUCCGCCGCUUGAGGGCCGCCUCCCUCCCAUGGUGUGCCUGUCGUUUCUGUUCCUGAGGCAUCUUGGGAUAUCAGAGGUAACUAUGCAAAGCAUCCAGACGGUUCUGAAUGUGAAGCACUGUACCCAGCAGAGUCCUGGCGCCCUCUGUCCCCGCUGGCCAGCCUGUGUUCUCUCUCCGGAGGUUACCAAGGAAUGCACAGGUUUAAAAUCCCAGAAAGGGGUGUCAUUGGGUUCUUUCAACAAAUGCGUUAGGAGAGCUGUCCACAGUGGAAUGGGGUGUCUCCCUGGGGAAUGUAGGCCAAGUCCCUUUAUUUUAACAUGUCCAUGAAGAGGUUUGCUGUCUGGACAGCCCCGUCUGUUGGUGAGGAGCGUGUGUACUGCGUUUCUGUAAUUGUUUGCUGUAUCUCCCUUCCCUUUGAGCUGUAUCGUUCUUUAAUGGCUCUCUUGCCCUUCCAAAAAAAAAAAUUGAAAAAAAGAAAAAAACCCCAAAAAGUAAAAGAAAAAAAAGGUUUUGUUUAGUUUACUGUGAAAUGAACUGUAUGGCUUAUUUACAGUAUUUUUAAUUCUUAAUAAACACUUGAGCUUUGUUAUGA